AAGGACUCUUUAUCUGAGAUGAGUGUCUCAGAGGAACAGAGUGAAAAAUUGGGCCUUCAUGUGUCCUUCAGUGAUGAAACACCAUCACAAGCUAAAAGUGAAAGAUCAGGUUCACCUGUGCCCAGUUCUGUGUCUAUGAGGAGUGACCGUUCAAAAGGUGACGGACCGAACUUCAUUGAGAAAACUCCAUCAUCAUCUAAAAGAGUAAGAUCAGGCUCACAUGUGUCCAGCUCUGUGUCUGUGAAAAGUGACCGGUCAAAAGGAGACGGACCAAAUUUUCCUGAGGAAACACCAUUUAAAAAUAGUGUAAGAUCAGGCUCACUUGUGUCCAGUUCUGUGUCUGUGAAGAGUGACCGGUCAAAAGGUGAUGGACCGAACUUCAGUGAGAAAAAAACAUCACCUUCAAAAAGUGUAAGAUCAGGUUCACAUGUGUCCAGUUCUGUGUCUGUGAAGAGUGACCGGUCAAAGGGUGAUGUACCGAACUUCAGUGAGAAAACACCAUGUAACAAGAGUAACAAAGGACAAAAGUCCACAGUAAAUAUUGGUGCAGAAAUUACACGGUGGGAUGCUCUGAAAGCACAGAAGGGAUUGAAGAGUGAUGUGGAACUGGCAACUUUUCUUCUCAACAGGGUUCAGUUUGAGAAAUCAGACACAAACUACAAGAAUUACCGCAACCGCAAGAAUUUCAGAGAAAAUCUCCUCUGGAUCUUCAAGGAUCUUGAGAAAAAAAUAAUUGCAUUUCUGAAGAAUGAGCUGGGAAAGUUAAAAAAAAUAUUAAAUAGAGAGAAUACACAGUACUUUGUGCAGGACUUUAUAGAGGAGAUGCGUGAUAUCAAAGAAGCAGCUCUUGAUAUCACACUUUACUUCCUGAGAGAUAUGAAGCAAUGUGAGGCUGCAGAUGCUCUACAAGAUGAGCUGGUCCUCAUUCAUCAGCGACCACUAAAAUCAAACCUGAAGAAGAAGCACCAAUCUGUAUCUGAAGGAAUUGCAAAGCAUGGUGACUCCAAGAUUCUGAAGAACAUCUACACAGAUCUCUGUAUGACUCUGAGUGUUAGUAAACAAGUUAAUACCCAAAAUGAAGUAGGACAAGUUCAGGCUGCUGAUAGACGACAUGAAUCACGAGAGAUUCCAGUUGAAUGCAAAAAUUUGUUUGAAGCACCUGAACAAGACAAGGAGAUCAGAACUGUACUGACAAAAGGAGUUGCUGGCAUCGGAAAAUCAAUCUCUGUGCAAAAGUUUAUUGUGGAUUGGGCUGACGGUAAAGAAAAUCAGGAUAUUACUUUCAUAUUUCCUCUUGCAUUUAGAGAAAUGAACUUAAAGGAGAAAGAGACACAAAGCUUGACAAGUCUUAUACAUCAGUUUUUCCCAGAGAUAAAAGGACUAAACCUUGCAAGAAAUGAUAAAUUUAAAUUACUCUUCAUCCUUGAUGGUUUGGAUGAAUGUCGUCUUCCUCUGAACUUUGAGGGUAAUGAAACAUGUCGUGAUGUAACAUCACAAGUCUCUCUGGAUGUUCUCCUCACAAACCUGAUCAAGGGAAAUCUGCUUCCUUCUGCUCUCAUCUGGAUCACCACCAGACCAGCAGCUGCCAUUAAAAUUCCUCCCGAAUGUGUUGACCGUGUAACAGAAGUACAAGGAUUCAAUGAUGCACAAAAGGAGGAGUACUUCAGAAAAAGAUUCACAAAUGUGGAUCUGGCCAAUGAAAUUAUUAAUAAUGUUAAACAAUCAAAGAGUCUUUUUGUCAUGUGCUACAUCCCAGUCUUCUGCUGGAUUACAGCCACUGUUCUCCAGAACAUUUUAGAGGAGAAUAGAAAUAAUGAUGUGAGAAAUCAGGCUGAUGAAGACUUCAAAACACUGCAGAAAUCAAAUACUGAAGACACUCCCAAGACUCUGACACAAAUGUACACACACUUUCUCCGCUUUCAGAUGCUGCAGAGCAGACGAAAGUAUGAUGGAGAAUACACACCAAAUGUUUCCUGGGAUAAAGAUGCCAUCCUUUCACUGGGGAAACUGGCAUUUCAUCAGCUGCAGAGAAACAAUCUGCUCUUUUAUGACACAGAUCUGGAAGAAUGUGGUAUUGACGUCUCUGAAGCAUCUGUGUAUUCAGGCAUGUGUACCCAGAUCUUUAAGGAGGAAAAAGGGAUCAUUCUUGGUACCACUUUCUGCUUUGUUCACUUGAGCAUUCAAGAGUUUAUUGCAGCCCUUUAUGCACAUCUGUUUCUAGACAUCUGCAAGAAAAGUGUGUUUAAUCAACAUGAAUCUACAGAACAAGAAGACAAAAAUGAAACCAUGAUUGAUUUGCUCCAGACUGCAGUGAACAAGGCACUUGAGAGUGAAACUGGACACCUGGAUCUUUUCCUUCGCUUUCUUCUUGGUCUGUCACUCCAGACCAAUCGUCCAUUCUUACGAGGUCUGUUGACACUGCAAGACAACAAUGACGAGAACUACAAGGAAAUAGUUGAGUACAUCAAGCAGAAAUUAGAAGAUAAGAAGAUGUCUCCAGAGAGAUCCAUCAAUCUGUUCUACUGUCUGAAUGAACUGAAUGAUCAAACUCUGGUGGAAAAGAUUCAGACUCAACUUAGAGAAGGAAGUCUCUCAUCUUCUGAUCUUUCUCCUGCUCAGUGGUCUGCUGUGGCCUUUGUGUUGUUGACAUCAGAGGAAGAGAUGGAGGAGUUUGAGCUUCAGAAGUUCAAGCAAUCAGAUGAGUGUCUCUUUAGGCUACUGGAAGUUGUGAAAAUCUCCAAAAGAGCUGUGCUAAAUGAUUGUAACUUAACAGAUGAGAGCUGUACAAAUUUGGCUAAAGCUCUUGGAUCAGAUAACAAUCUGAUAGAGAUGAAUAUGACCAAAAAUAAUCUACAGGAUUCGGGAGUAAAGCAGCUCUGCAUUGGAUUGGAGAAUAUUAUGUGUAAAUUGGAGAUACUGAAACUUUCAGACUGCAGUAUCACUGAAGAAGGUUAUAAAGCUCUGGCUUCAGCUCUGAGAUCAAACCCUUCACACCUGAUAGAGCUGGAUCUCAGAGGAAAUGAUCCUGGACAAUCAGGAGUGAAGGAACUCAAUUAUUUACUACAGGAUCCAAACUGUCAUCUAAAGACACUGAGGUUUUUGAGUCCUGAUGCAGAUGAAGCCUGUCAGUAUGUGAAUAGACUUGUGGGUAAAAACCCGUUACUCCUGAGAGAAUUUAAUCUGAGUGGAAGUAAACUUGAAGACUCAAAUUUGAAAAAUCUUGCACCUCUACUGCAGGAUAAACACUGUAAACUCAACAGACUGAAACUCUCGAACUGCAGUAUCACAGAAGAAGGUUAUAAAGCUCUGGCUUUAGCUCUGAGAUCAAACCCUUCACACCUGAUAGAGCUGGAUCUCACAGGAAAUGAACCUGGACAAUCAGGAGUGAAGGAGCUCGAUGAUUUACUACAGGAUCCAAACUAUCAACUGAAGACACUGAGACUUUCAGACUGCAGUAUAACUGAAGAAGGUUAUAAAGCUCUGGCUUCAGCUCUGAGAUCAAACCCUUCACACCUGAUAGAGCUGGAUCUCAUAGGAAAUGAUCCUGGACAAUCAGGUGUGAAGGAGCUCAGUGAUUUACUACAGAAUCCAAACUAUUCACUGAAGACACUGAGUCUGUGUAAAUGCAGUCUUACAGAGAAACAGUGUCUCAUCCUGACUUCAGCUCUGAAAUCAAACCCAUCACACCUGAGAGAACUGGAUCUCAGUGGAAAUCAACUAGGAGACUCUGGAGUGAAAAACCUCAGUGAUCUACUGAUGAACCCACAAUGCAAGCUGGAAAUACUCAAUCUGUGUGGGUGCAGUAUUACAGAGAAACAUUGUCUCAGCUUGACUUCAGCUCUGAAUUCAAACCCAUCACACCUGAGAGAGAUGAACCUCAGUGGAAAUCAACUAGGAGACUCUGGCGUGAAAAACCUCUCUGAUCUGCUGAAGAUCCAAGAGUGCAAGCUGGAAAUACUUCAUCUGUGUUUAUGCAGUAUUACAGAGAAACAGUGUCCCAUCCUGACUUCAGCUCUAAAAUUAAACCCAUCACACCUGAGAGAACUGGACCUCAGUGGAAAUAAACUAAAAAACACAGGAGUUAAGCACUUGUGUGACGUACUGAAGGAUUCAGACUGUAAACUGAGGAGAUUGAGCCUAAAUGACUGUGACAUUACAGACGUUUCUUGUUUAGCUCAGUCUUUGGAUGGGUCGGAAGCAUUGCUGUUUUUAACAGAGCUCAAUUUAAAUAAAAAUGACAUUGGAGACUCAACGAAACUUAAAAAAGUUUUACAAAAAGCAAACUGUAAACUGAGGAAAGAGCAAUUUGGAGGCGUCCAUUUCCGUAAGUCACAACCAGAUGUUCCCUCUUAUUAA